AAUGUUGGUGUUAAGGGUGGAGGACGUGAGGAGGCGGAGUGAGGAAGAACUUAGACAGAUUGCUUUGGAAUCGCAGAGAGACGUCAGAUGCAGUCUAUAAAACACCUGUCUUUAGGCUACUUUAAAAACUACUCAUAACCCACAGAUUAAUGAUAGACGGACUAUUUAAACUAGCUUCUAUAUUCUAGCACGGCGGAUUAUAAUAAACAUGCGUGAAACUCACUGAAAAUGAACGAUUCAUAAUGGACAGUUUAUACCUGGAGUGCAGUUGACUUGCGAGCUGAAGAAAGUGAUUCGACUGCGGAAGAAAAAAAACGUCGAGCGUUUAUUUAGUUGCUGUGUGACAGUCUAAUAAUGAUGGAUCAUGACACUCAGUGGCUGUACCAGCUCCUUGCUGGUGUGCAGCUAGAGAGAUUCUACCUAAGGAUGCGAGAUGGACUCAAUGUGACACGUAUUGAGCACCUGAACUACGUUAAAGAAGCAGAUCUUGAACAGAUUGGCAUUAGUAAACCAGGACAGCGACGAUUAUGGGAAGCCGUCAGAUGUUACAAAACCAACAUGCCACCACGAUCGUGGAUGAUUAAGGCCUUCAAUGGUCGCACCCCAGAGGGAAGUGAGCAGUUUAAUGGUGUUGGGUCAGGCCAGGGGCCAGAACCAGGGUGUGCACUCCCCUGUCUUAUCCAGGACAGUGAACUGAUCUUUGGGGACAGGCUAGGCUCAGGUUCCUUUGGGGUAGUUAGGAAAGCAGAAUGGCAAACACCGACUGGACGAGUGUUACCUGUAGCAGUGAAAACCUUGAGGGGUGGCGCAUCCAGAUAUGGAGAAGUGGUGACCGAAUUCCUCCAGGAAGUUACGACCAUGCAGUCUCUGGACCACCCCAACAUUAUACAUCUGUAUGGUGUUGUCCUUACUCAUCCUCUUAAAAUGGUAACGGAGCUGGCUCCCGUUGGCUCUUUAUAUGACACUCUGCGUCUACGGCAGGGAGAUUAUCCUCUUUCACGGCUCUGGCUCUUCAGCACACAGAUUACUGCAGGUAUGGAGUACCUAGAAUCCAGACGCUUCAUCCACAGAGACCUCGCUACCCGGAAUGUGCUCUUGGCUGCUAGAGAGCUAGUGAAGAUCGGAGACUUUGGACUAAUGAGAGGCUUGGAUCAGGACAGGGACCACUAUAUCAUGACGGCACACAAGCGCAUUCCCUUUGCAUGGUGUGCUCCUGAGAGUUUGCGUGUAGGUACUUUCUCUCAUGCUUCAGAUGUCUGGAUGUUUGGUGUCACAUUGUGGGAAAUGUUCACGUACUGUGAGGAGCCCUGGUUGGGGCUGUCUGGCAGACAGAUUUUAUAUCGUGUUGAGCGGGAAGGCGAGCGGUUGGAAAGGCCUCCAGACUGUCCGCAGGAGUUAUAUUCUGUGAUGCGUAAAUGUUGGGCUUGCAGUCCUGCUGAACGACCGACCUUCUCACAGCUCACCACCAUGGUAGCAGAGGCACAGCCUAUGGAGGUUCGUGCAAUGAAAGACUUCACAGAACCCAGAAAACUCUCUCUACAGGCGAAUGAUCUAGUGACUGUAAUAGAUCAUGGGCUGGAAAUAUCUGAGUGGAAGGGCCAAAACCAGAGAACUCUAAGUGUUGGCUGGUUUCCCCCUGCAUUGGCUGCCCCCGCUCUCACAGCAGCAGUUCCUGCGUCUGGUCCGACUCUGAUCUCUUCUCCUGUUAAAGGUAGUCUACAGCACUCUGGCCAUGGAGACACUGACCCAGCACGCAGAUGGGGCAACCCAGAACGAAUAUAUGACAAACGUUGGAGGAUUCCAUUAGCAAGAGAGAAGGAAGGCUCCAAUCUCAAGAAAAUGGCAGGCAUGUCAAGGAGUCUGGAGUCUGUCCUUGGUGUUCCACAGGACAAAGGUCGAGGUGCUGGUGGGAACCCUCAGAGACCUGACCCACGCAGACUCGUGCAGAGUAAUUUAUUGCAAGAUCCACGCAGGUUUAGUGAUGCUAUUAUCGUCCCACCUUCACGGCCACCACCUCCUAGUUUCAAAUGCAUCAGCCCACCAAACACCAGCUUCAAAUGCGUCAAACCCCAGAAGAUGAUCCAUGAUCGGAGACCAGUAAACCCAGCGGGCUGGGCCCCUCAAACUCAUUCACAGCUACAGUUCCAGUUCCAGCAACAACAGCAGUGUUUAUGGAAUAGUAACCUUGCCAGGAUGACACAUCUGGCCAAAUCAAGCCCUCAAUUAGAUGAUGGCCCUGAGAAAGAGAAGGAGCAAGAGAAAGAAAGAGAGCGGGAGAAGGCAAAGGAGAGGUAUCCACAAGUUGACAAGGAAGCAGUCAUAGCACAAGUUCAGGAUGCAGUACAUGGAGUGACCAUUGAGCAGGUUCAGAAAUCUCUGUAUCGCAAUGACUGGAAUCCUGUGAGGGCAGAGCAGCAACUUAAGACAGACCAGCUGUAUUACAUGACUCGGUACUCUCGUGAGGAAUGUCAAAAAAUCCUCACCCGCUACAGCUGGGACCUACAGCUGGCAGGACGUUAUAUCAUCCGACAAGACAGAGAUAGGACUGCAUUGGAUAGACGGGGAGAAAGAGUUUAAUGCAAGACUUACCAUGGUUCAUAAUUAUUGAGGAAUUCAUGUUUUUUGUGAUAUCACUGAAUUGUCAAGAGGUCAAAUAAUCCAAGACACACAAAAACCCUGUUUCUAUCCAUCUCCAAUGUGAAACUAUCUAUAAUGACUAUCUAUAAUGUGCUCGAUUAUUAAACUGGUGAUAUCAGUUAUUUCAAAUCUGUUUGGAAAGACAGCACAAUCAUUCAUAUUAAAUGCAGAAUGUCAUUUCAGUUGCCAUUGUGACUGUUUAUUGUUACUUUACACUCUUAAAAAUAAAGGUGCUUCAAAAGGUUCUUCAAGCGAUGCCA